UCGACCACUCGUGAUACUACGUAAUACUUACUUAACAAAAGUAAUAAAAACGUUAAAGUUUUACGCGUUUAGUAUUCUAGUGUAUACCACGUGACAUUAAUAGUGUAUUUUGUGAUUCCGCAUAAAAAAUGCCGAAAAGAAAACGUGCCAAAUCCCCCGAUUUGGAUUGUAUUUACAAAAAAAUUAAACUACUAGAAAAACAAGUUCGUGAACAUCGUAGUACCAGUAAACGGCGACAUCGGGUCAUCGAGUCUUCAUCAUCAUCAUCGUCGAGGGAAUCUUCACCUGAACGAGUUCAAGAAAUACAAGGAGAGCUCUCGUCGUCAGACGAUCAGACCGAGAUGAUUAAUAAUGACCUUCGGAAUAUCCUCGACGCCGCCUGGGUCGGCUGCAACCCCCCGGACAGGGAGGUUCCUACUGCUGCAGCGUUGCCGGACACCGCCACCGGUACCGCCGGCGCCGCCUUGAUCUGCGAGCAGCCGCCCGCCGCGCCACACGAGGAAACCACCUCGGCUACUCAAGCUGAGCCUCUUGAUCUUAUGGACUGUCUGGAUAGCGCCACAAUGGAAAUCCUAGGCGAAGAUCCCACAGCCAAAAUUGAAUAUGGUCCUUCAAUCCACAAAGAAAUCGCAAAUCGAUUAGAACAUUUCGCCGUCUCAGGUAUAGACAGAGAGCUUCGUAAAGAAUUGAAUAAGAAGUACCUGACCCCGGACAAUUGUGUCCGGACGGGAGCACCCAUGCUUAACGACGAAAUUCGAGCUGCCUUGCCGGAGAGUGUCAUCAAAAGAGACAAAAUACUCCAAGCUAAGCAACAACAACUUGCAACGAUAAUAUCGUGUUUAUCUAGCACCAUCACUGAACAAAUAAAUCAAAAAGAAAAAAAUCACGACCUUCUUCAGAAAUUGAUGGAUAUGGGACGUCUUCUAUGCGAUGUGCAACACGCAGAGUCAAUAGCUAGACGAAACUUCGCCAUAUAUUCCGUUAAAAAGGAAAUGAAGGACCACUUGGCACAUACCAGCAUAGACAAAUAUUUGUUCGGCGAAAAUCUUUCAGAAGCAUUAAAAGCUGCAAAAGCAGUCAAUAAAUCCGGUUCAGACCUUAAAAUUCCAACUAAAACUCCCAAGAAAAACCAACCUCAAGCGUCAAAGCCGCAGACGUCAAAAAACUGGAAACAGCCGGCGCAAAGUCGCCGGCAGCAAACGCAGCAGAGGAGCCGAGAGACGACCUCUCAGCGCGGGCAGCACACCGCCUCGUCGAAGAGAUCGCCGCCUCCGUCGAAGACGACCCGCCGCCGGUAGACACGCCACGAGAACAUCCAUCGCAACCUUACCCUGGUGGCAGGGAUAUUAUCAGGGCAGCGCUGCUGCAACGAAAGGUUCCGCAAUCUUCAAUAGAAAUAAUGUUGGCCUCUAUUUCGCG